AUGACGCGACGAAGACAGACCACGAGGGGUCUUUUUGCGCCGAGUGACGACAAUGUGGACUCCCGUGCUAAGCGAUGGGAACGUCGAGAACCACGUGGACGCAAAAGCGUGGGCGUGGACGAAGCCGGUCACCACCUUGGCGGCGGACACGCAGAUUGCCACCACGGAACCGGCGUGCUGGGUCGCUACCUCGGUGGUACUUUGAGUCUCCAUUGCAAGAACCGAGUCGAGAUGGACUGUCACCUGCAGGAUGACGUGGUGAUUCGCCGCAGAUUGGACCACCAGGAAACUUUGGGCCCGCUGUAUGCGCGCAGAGCUUGCAGCAACUGUCAAUAUGUCUAG